UAAGAAGUAUAUUAAAUAUAAAUAUAUUAAGUAUAUUUGGUUUUCAAAUGUUGUGAAAACAAACAGGUGACCUAAAAAAGAGGGGUGGAAACCACCUCUCUUCUCAUACCUCAGAUCUGCAGCUCAGUCCUCUGAUGUGGAUCAUUUUCAUCCAGAGAGCUUAAAAAAUAAAGAAAUUCCUUUGUAUUUUCCCCCUAAUGGUGCUUAGUUUCAUAAAGUGUUUACAUAAAAGAGGAAAUAACAAAACACCAACUUGACGCGUGUUUAUUUUACGCACAAACCACCUGAUGGUUUGCCAAAUGACCUUGGAAGGCGCGCAACAAAAAAGAAGAAAUCUGCCUUUUUGUAAGAUUGAACUUGAAAUAUGAAGUGGAUCUUGUGAUCCUGCGAUGGAUGAUCUGUGCGCGCCCACAGUGCGCCUUCACGCGGCGGGAGAGGAGUCCAGCGACUAUAAAAACGGCUACAAUCCGCGCGAGCGCUCAGASUCUCAGGAUGAGGCGCGAGACGCAUCAUGUCAGAAGGCGCCAAAAGUAGGCUGGCUCACUCAAACCGGCUGCUUUCUUUAAAACCCCAACAGCUUUCUGUCUGGAAAAAAACGAAGACCAUGUGAGAAAGGCGCGCUGUGGAUUUGGAGCUUUCCAGACGCAGGAGGAUGAGGAGGAUGGAGAUUUUUUCCCUCCACAUCUGUGCGCUCUCAGCCUGGAAGGUAGCCUAGAAAACACCUGGGAACUUCUUUUUCCCCCCUCUCUUCUUUUUUCCCCCCUUCUGAUCAGUCAUGCAGAGCAACAACAGCUUCUCCGGACUUCCAACCGGGUUAAGCGCGUGCGGAGGAGAGGAGGAGGAGAUCUCCGAGCUGGUCAGCCCAACAGGAGCAGGCUCCAACCUGCCAGCGUUUAACCUUUCCCUCAACUGCUGGCUUCACAUCCUCUCCAAGGAGUCAUCCAUGGAUCUGCAUGGAGACAGCGCCAACCUGACUGUGCGGGUUCUCAUCGCUCUGGUCUACCUGGUGGUGUGUGUCCUGGGGCUUGUGGGUAACCUCCUGGCCCUCUUCCUGCUCCACUCCCGCCGCCGAGGCCACCACCACUCGGCCAUCGACUGCUUCGUGAUGGGCCUGACCAUCACCGACCUGCAGUUCGUCCUCACCCUGCCCUUCUGGGCCGUGGACACGGUGCUGGACUUCCGCUGGCCCUUCGGCCGGGUCAUGUGCAAGAUCGUGAGCUCGGUCACCACCAUGAACAUGUACGCCAGCGUUUUCUUCCUCACCGCCAUGAGCAUGACCCGUUACCACUCCUUGGUUACCUCCCUGAAAAUGGGCAGCCCCAGAGCCGCCACGGCCCGGGCCAAGUGGGCCAGCUCCGCCAUUUGGGUGGUGUCCCUGGUGGCCACACUGCCCCACGCGAUCUACUCCACCACAGUUCAGGUGUCUGCAGACGACGAGCUGUGCUUAGUUCGCUUUUCAGACUCCGACUCGGGCCACUGGGAUCCCCAAGUCUUGUUAGGGCUCUACCAAACGCAGAAGGUUCUCCUGGGCUUUGUAGUCCCCCUGAUCAUCAUCACUGUGUGCUACCUCCUCCUGCUGAGGUUCAUCCUGAGCCGGCGGAUCAUUGGCAGCUCUGUAGGCGGCGUCGGCACCGACAGGUCAGAGUACGAGAGAGGACGCCACCGCUCCCGCUCCAAAGUCACCCGCUCGGUCACCAUCGUCGUCCUGUCCUUCUUCAUCUGCUGGCUCCCCAACCAAGCCCUCACCCUGUGGGGGGUGCUGAUCAAGUUUGACUUGGUGCCCUUCAGCAAGGCCUUCUACAACGCUCAGGCCUAUGCCUUUCCCCUGACUGUGUGUCUCGCUCACGCCAACAGCUGCCUCAACCCGGUGCUCUACUGCCUGAUCCGCAGAGAGUACCGAGCUGGGCUGAAGGACCUGCUUCUGAGAGUGUCCCGGGCCGUCCAUAACGUUCUGUCUUUGGCUCUGAGAGGGAGACGAGUGGAGGAGGCACCACCCAGCUCUGUCAUGAUACACAAGGACAUCAAUAUGUGAUUUGUUCUGGACAGCUCUGGAAAGACUGCAAGCUUUCUUUUUGUACAGUAAAUAUAUACAACAAGCAACCAAAACAGAGUAUUUAUUAAUAAAGUUUAGGGUUUCACAGGGUGCAUUUUGUUAUUUUUGGCAGAACCASGUGAACUGUUUGUUCUGUUCCCAGCUCAUUAUAUUGAAUAUUUAUUUAAUGUGAAAGUUUGAGCCAUCGAAAUGUGAUUGUCUGAUCAAAAUUAUUUGAACAAAGUGGCAUAAAUGUCAUACUUUUUAGGCUAUUCAACCUUUAUUCCAUGGAAAAGUGAGAAAACCAAGAUAAACCGGGGGGGAUAAAGCAAAUACUUCUGCCAGCUGGGAAUGAUUUCAUGACCAGUUAACCAUUUUUCCAAUUGUGAGCAAUAACUGGUGAUAGAUGGCAACAAACAAUCCUUUAGCAACAUAUUUAUUUAUAAGAGCUUUACUGCUGCUUUUCUUAUAUUUAUGAGAGGCUGCCAUGUUGGAUUCUGACGUCAAAGCUGAAGUUCUUCUGACUGUUUGAAUUGGAAAUCAAACUCCAGGAAGGAUUGUAGUUGGUUCAUAAAUGGCUGCCUUGUUGCUUUAAGAAAUCCUUUCAAAUCAGUGUUGUGAUUCCAUGGAGGACUUCACUGAUGGUUCAUGUGGACCAAAUAAACCAGAUGAGUCAAUUGAUGGGUUUUCUUUAAAAAAUGGGUCAAUCUAAACCAGUUUUUGCACUUUAUGAGACUAAUGCUUAGAAUAUAUUGCCUUUGGCAGCACAGUAGGAAACAAACACUUUAUUAUAAUUAUUUACCUGGUGUGUCAUUAACUAAAUCUUCAUGAUGACAGCCAAUUACAAAUUCAAAUAGAUAAAUACAGAGACAGAGCGAUUAUUAUUUAAUUACAGCAACACAAUUUGGUCCAAAUUCCUCCACAUGGUGGUUCAAACACAAAAGUUGUCGAGUAAAGGGCUAUGAUUUUGGUUAUGAGCAAAUUUUAGUUAUAUUUGUAGAGGAAACAAAGCAAUGUUUCAUUGUCUGAUUUAUGUUUACUUUCUGUUUUGGAGGAAACCAAAGACAAAUCAUUUUGUCAAGCCAUCAUCAGAUGUGAUAGUAACAAACAAACUCUGGAUUAAAGAGGUUUUUUUUCUUG